AUGCCGUAUUUCUCUUCUGAUAUUUUAUUUGUAAAACACUUCAAAGGAAUUAUUGCAACGGCAAAUAUUCGCGGUGGAGGAUUGGCCAUCUCUGGCACCUCGAACGGAGGUCUUCUCGUAGCAGUCUGCGCACAACAACGUCCCGACCUUUUUGGCGCAGUCGUAGGCGACGUAGGACUUUACGAUAUGCUACGCUAUCACAAAUUUACUUUGGCAUCCUCAUGGAUAGGUGAAUAUGGCAACCCAGACGACGCAAAAGAUUUUAAAUAUAUAUACAAGUAUUCACCUUUGCACAAUUUACGUUAUCCACUUAGCGGACAAUGGCCUUCUACUCUGAUAAUGACAGGAGAUCACGAUGAUCGUGUUGUGCCUAGCCAUACUUUAAAAUAUGCUGCAACACUCUAUGAGAUGGUGAAAGGACAUCCAGAACAAAUGAAUCCUCUACUGUUUCGAAUAGAGAAAAAUGUUGGUCACACCGGCGGA